UACAAAAGGAAAAAAUAAUUAAACAACAAGGGGCCAAUUCACCAAACCCUAAAUCAUUACCACAAUCUACCAAACCCUAAAUCAUUACCACGUGUAGCCCACUCCAAUAUUUUUAUUAAAGGAAAUCUGGAAUUAGAUGUUAUAAAAUAUUGGUGAAGGAAAAAAAUUCCUAGAAAAUAGAAAAUGCAAGUCAUGGUUCGUGAAGUAGAGCUGAUUAUACAGACAAUCAGUCACAGCCACAGAAGUAGGAGACAGGUCUGAGAAAGGAACAAAGCAGUAGUGCAACUCUUGUAUAGGCCAACUCUCAGCUCAAGCUUCUCAACUGCAAGAAAACUGUGGCUAUUUCUCUUAUGGCUCUCUCUGGUUGAUGUUUCCUAUGUUCAUUUAUACAAGCAAUUAUCUCAAGUGUGGGAUAAUUAGAGUUUCACACUUCCAUAAGAGAGAAUAUCGUUUUGCUACCAGAGCACCAUGGAACUGUUCUUUUCAACCAGCUUGUGUGGACAGAAAUAAUCUGACUGGGCAUAGGAAACACCAUUCUCAAGCAACAGGCUUUAAGUAUCAAAAGGUGUUAUCUCAAGGAAUGGAAAAAACAGAAAGCAAUCUGGCUGUCAAAGAUUCCUAUGAAACUGCCAUGCAAGCACUUUCCUCUCUAAUCACACGUCAGAAACGUGGGAGUCCCUCGUCUAUUCCUGGAAAAUAUGGGAAAUUAGACAGAAUGCGGAUAUAUCUUAAGAUACUAGACUUGGAACAACAUAUACCUGGGCUCAAGAUUAUCCAUGUUGCUGGAACUAAAGGGAAGGGUUCAACAUGCACAUUUUCUGAAGCUAUUUUACGACAAUGUGGCUUUCGAACAGGGCUUUUUACUUCCCCCCACUUAAUUGAUGUCAGAGAAAGAUUUCGUAUAGAUGGAUUGGACAUAUCUGAAGAUAAAUUUUUAUUGUACUUCUGGGAUUGCUGGAAUCAGUUGAAGGGAAAGGUAACCGAGGACCUCCCUAUGCCCCCACUAUUUCAAUUCCUCACAGUCUUGGCAUUCAAAAUAUUUAUCUGCGAACAGGUAGAUGUUGCAGUAAUUGAAGUUGGUCUUGGAGGAACUGAUGAUUCAACAAAUGUGAUUAAAGAGCCUGUUGUCUGUGGCAUUACAUCUUUGGGGAUGGAUCACACAGAGUCGUUGGGUAAUACACUUGGAAAAAUUGCAUCACACAAGGCUGGAAUCUUCAAGCCUCAAAUUCCUGCAUUCACCGUACCUCAACUAUCCGAAGCAAUGGAUGUUCUUCAGGGGAAGGCCCAUGAACUAAUGGUACCCCUGCAAGUAGUGACACCUCUUGAUUACAAAAAGUGGGAGGGGUUAAAGCUUAGCUUAUCCGGUGAUCAUCAAUUCACUAAUGCUGGUCUUGCUGUUUCCCUAUGUAAAUGCUGGCUUCAGAGGACAGGAAACUGGGAGAAAAUCUUCCAAAAUUCACCAGUCAACUUUUGGAAUGUGCAACAGAAUAACCAGAAAGCUGAUUUGCCAGAGGCAUUUCGCAGAGGUCUUGCAACAGCUCAUCUCUCCGGGAGGGCUCAAAUUGUCUACGAUUCGUCUUCAAGGUUUCACAGUUCAUUAGAAGUAGCUGAAAGUUCUUCUGGAGAACUAAUAUUCUACUUGGAUGGAGCUCACAGUCCAGAAAGCAUGGAGGCUUGUGCCAAGUGGUUCUCCAGUGCUGUUCAAGAAAACAAGACAUUACCAGAGUUAUCAUCUCCUAAUGGUGCUCAAGUAAUGAAAGAAGUCUUGGGAAAUGGUUACAUCCAAUGUGAAAGGAGCAGUGCUGAAGAGUCUAAGAAAACAUCAAAGAAGAUUCUUUUAUUCAAUUGCAUGGAUGUAAGAGAUCCUAAAAUUUUGCUUCCACAGCUUGUCAGUACAUGUGCUUCCUCAGGUACCUACUUCUCAAAGGCCAUUUUUGUCCCAAGCAUGUCAACAUACAACAAGGUUACUUCUGGUGCCUCGGCCAUUCCUUCAGAUACCUCCCCUACCCGGGAUUUGUCAUGGCAAUUCAGCCUGCAGAAGCUCUGGCAGAAGAUUAUCCAUGGCAUAGAAGCAGAUGUUGUACUUGACAAGUUCGAUAGUGCAGAGAAUUUACCACCACGAGAGUUCCUUUAUGAGGAUGCUUCUCAUUGCAGUCCUACAACAGGAAAUUUGGCCUGCAGUGCCGUCAUUUCUUCCUUGCCGUUGGCAAUAAGUUGGUUGAGGGAUUGUGUUAGAGAAAAUCCUACUCUAAGAGUUCAGGUUCUUGUCACUGGAUCAUUGCAUCUAGUUGGAGAUGUACUAAAGCUGUUAAAGAGAUGAUACACAGAUGACAUAAAUUAGAAGGAUCUCAACCUUGAGAUUGUCCUUAACAUUCUUUUACACAUUGAUUUUACCACCCAUUUUUGAAGCAGCCAAGGUAUAUCGCACAACUCAAAGCCUGGCUAACCAAAUAAUGUUGUCUUUCGAGUGCCGGUCAAUUUUCUUGAACAAUCUACAUGCUGUUGUAUUAUGAUAACUUAAAAGAACACCAUUGCUUUUGGAAUAUUCGUAUUCUUGGAAUGUCUCAUUUGUUUCAGAAUAAUGACAUUGAUUUGGAGAACGCUUGCUCAUUUGAUUUUGUGGAGGCAUUCCUUAAUUUUAUUCAUUGGAAACUUCUGGUUA